AUGGUACAGAAACGUCAGAAGGUUUCUCCUGUAAUACUUUAUUCACCUGAACUGACUCCGAACUCAGAAGAACCCAGUAGCCGCAUUAUCCUAUCAGAAGAUGAGCGUCUUAUCCUCAACAAGAUAUCUGGAUGGAUCCAUACAGGGUCCUUUAAUGACACAAGAUUUGCCUCAAGUGCUAAGAACAGCAAGGCCACUAUUCUUAACCCCAGGAAGAAGUACUGCACUGGAGACAAGUUAACUAUCCAGAUUGAUAUGUUUGAUUAUUUGGGUAAUAGGAAGACGUAUGGAGGAGACUUCAUAAGAUCUAGAAUAUUCAACCCUACUCUGAACACCGGAGCCUCGGGAGUGGUUGAAGACUUCAACAAUGGAACCUAUCAUGUCCACUUUACUUUAUUUUGGAAAGGCAAAGUUUAUGUUUCCCUGUUACUUUACCAUUCAAGUGAGGCGGUUUCAGCCCUAUGGAAAGCCAGGGACAAUGACUAUGGACUUAUAGCCUUUAUAGGAACUUUUGUGAACAGAAGCCAGUCCAUUAAAAGUGAAUGUGGAUUCAGGUUGGAUUCAGGAAGGGAAGUCUGUGAAUAUAGACCUGUGAAAGGCGAAACUUUUUACUGCAUCAAAAAGGACAAUUUCCAUUGUGGUUCAUUAAGUACUCUCCAGUCCCAGAACCAAAAUGUCUCUUUCCUCAGGAACACAGAUAGGCUGCUGUUUAACAGGAAAAAUAUAGCUGCUAAUAUAAAAGGAGAUUUUAAUUACAUCCACGUUACAACAUGUGCGGCUCCAGCUUCAUCUAACUUAAACAUUUGUAAGAUUGGAAUGGAAUCUCCAUUUCCCAGUGGGUUUGUAUUACAAAAUAAAUGGAGACCUGUCUUCUGUAAGAUCCCUGACUUUACCACCCAAGACCAGAUGUACGCUUGUUUAAAGGAUAAAAUUCUCUACCUUUAUGGAGACUCUACAGUGCGACAAUGGUUUGAAUAUUUGUCAAAAACACUCAAAGGAUUCAAGAACUUUAAUAUUGACCGUGCUGAUCUCCGUUCGAAGCUUUUCGCAGCAGAUGAUAAAAGGAAUAUCCUCUUGUACUAUAAGAAGCACAGCCAUCCUUUUGUUGGGACACAUUCGUAUGAUGUUAAAGAUGAUUCGUACAUGAGCGAUGAGAUCGAUCACUUAGCUGGAGGUCCACACCACGUCCUGGUCAUCUCAAUCGGUCAACACUUCCGACCUUUCCCAAUCCAGCUCUUCAUCAGGAGGGUUAUGAAUGUACACAGAGCUGUGGAAAGACUCUUCUUAAGGAGUCCAGAUACCAAGGUCAUCAUCAAGGCCGAGAACACCAGAGAAAUCCAUACGGAUGUGGAGAGAUUCAGUGACUUUCAUGGCUACAUCCAAUACCUGAUUGUAAGAGAAGCCUUCAAAGAUCUUCCUGUUGCUAUAGUUGAUGCAUGGGACAUGACAAUCGCCUUUAAUUCAUAUAAUGUCCAUCCAGCACCACUUGUAGUCAGAAACGAGGUAAACAUGUUCUUGUCAUAUCUUUGUUCUUAAAGGGUACCUCUC